AUGCAUGUAGUCAAGCACGAUGCAGAAUCGGAUUCCGGGCUGGAGAGCCGCACAGCGCCCUCCGAUGUGGAGAAGCAGUACAAUCUCGCGCCGUAUGGCGUCCCAGAGGAAGGGGCCUACAAGGCGCGCUUCCCGAACAUCGACGAGCGGAAGGUCAUUCGCAAGAUCGACAUGCGCGUCGUACCCGUGCUUUGCGUCUUGUACUUGCUCGCCUUCCUUGACCGGGUGAACAUCUCGAAUGCAGCCAUAUUUGGGCUGAAGAAGGACCUGAAGUUGGGAGGGAACGAGUUCAAUCAAGCACUGGUCGUCUUCUUCGUGCCAUACGUGUUGUUCGAAAUCCCCUCGAAUGCUCUGCUCAAGCACUUCAGGCCUCACGUCUGGCUGUCCCUUUGCAUGUUCCUCUUCGGCCUGAUUACUAUGCUGCAAGGCUUCACACAAAACCUGAGCGGCCUGAUCGCGACGCGCUUCUUCCUCGGGCUGGUCGAGAGCGGCGUCUUCCCCGCCUGCUUCUACCUCAUCGCGAUGUGGUACAAGCGUUCGGAGGCGCAGAAACGCUACUCUUUCUUCUUCUCCUCCACCACCCUCGCCGGUGGGUUCGGUGGUCUGCUUGCCAGUGCCAUCGGCAAGAUGGACGGGCUGCGUGGGUACCAUGGCUGGCGUUGGAUCUUCAUCCUUGAGGGCGUCGCAACCGUCGUCUUCUCGGUCAUUCUAUACUUCACCAUCUCCGACUUCCCUGAGGAGGUCACGUGGCUAAGCAAAGAGGAGAAGGAGUUCGUGAAAGCGCGUCUGUACGAGGAUGUCGGCGCGUCGAAGCGCAGCGAGCCACUCACAUUGAAGAGUGUCCUCGAGGUCUUCAAGGACUGGAAGAUCAUCGUCGGCGGCUUCAUGUACCUCGGUCUCGUCGUUCCCGCCUACUCAUACGCGUACUUCGCGCCCUCGAUCAUCCAGAGCCUGGGCAACGGCGCGAUCCACACGCAGCUGCUCUCCGUCCCGCCCUGGGCGUGCGCAUUCGCGCUCGCGAUGCUCUCCGCCACGCUCUCCGACUGGCUCCGGAUGCGCUUCGCCUUCGUCCUCGCCACGACCGCCGUGUCCCUCACGGGGUUCGUCAUCCUGCUCGUCGUGCACGACAACACGCACCUGCAGUACGCCGCGCUCUUCCUCGCCGCGAUGGGCACGUAUGCGGCGAUGCCGAUCAUCGUGUGUUGGUUCAACACGAACCUGGGCGGCCACCACAGACGCGCCGUCGGCACGGCGUUCCAGGUCGGCUUCGGAAACAUCGGCGGUAUCAUCGCGGUGUUCGCCUUCCUCGCCAAGGACGCGCCGAAGUACAUCUCGGGCUACAGCGUCUGCAUCGCGUUCAUCGCCGUCUCCCUGAUCGCGAACACCGUCUACUUCCUGGGCGUGUCGUGGGAGAACCGGACGCGCGACCGCAACGCGGCCAAGGGCGCGUACGACGACCUCACCCACGAAGACAAGAAGCGGAUGGGCGACCUCAACCCCGACUACAGAUACUUCACGUGA